UGGAUAUGAUCACUCAUAUUCUCAACUUUCAGACCUCCGGCAGCAUCUUCAACCUCAUUCCAUGAUUAUGUUGUGCAUGAUCACACAUCAUGUCAUCACCUCCCACAAGGUCUUUGGAUCCCAUUGUUUAAUAGGUCCAUGAACAACUGCACAACGGGCUUGAGCACUCCAAAUGCCCUCUCCACAUCCUUUCUAGCCCCUUAUUGUCUUUGGGCAACUUCUUGUCUCUGGGCAAAGUGAGCUCUUUUCAGACUAACUGGCUCAGAAAUGGUCUGGAGGAUAGAUAUCGUCGACCAGAUAGUAGACCAUAUUGUACUCAUGCAUGCUAAAUCCAGAGAUAUUGUGAUGCAAUUGUUUCAAGAAUGAUUGUGUGCUUCUUAACAUAGCCAUGGUAUUGCCUUCUAGAGCUUUUGAAAACUUCUUCCAUCUCCGGUUCAUGAAGUCAAGAAAUCUGAGCAUACCUAGCCACCCCCUUGCUUCGGACAUUGUCAUGAGCCUUUUAGUGUCUGCAAUAGUUGGUUGUCUCAAGUACUGAGGUCCAAACAUCUCGACCACCGCAGUAGCAAACCUCACGAUAGCGUCUCCCAAUGUGCUCUCAAACAUCCGGGGGUACUCGUCCCACGAGUGGCCGCGCCAUAGGCAAGCAUCCGCAAAGAAGCAAUGCACUUCUGGUAACCAGAGAAUCCAAUUCUUCCUAUGACAUCCUUCUUCAAUUAGUCAUUGUUGGACUGGACACCAUUGUAGGUGGAAGUGCGGGUGAAAAUUGUCUGAAUAGGGCAUCGGGGGCAAAUUAGUCGCCAAUGAGCGUCAAACGCUCCCGUGCCCUGUUUCGAUUGAGCAUCCUAUGACCCUUAUAGAUCCCUUAAAAUUGAGAACAUGAUCUUUCGCACACUCUGCGUCUGCUGGGACCUCCCACAUCAUCGUCGUUUUAUCCGCAUAAUCCUCCUCAUCGGACAACUCAACGUUGCGCUCGUAGAUGUACUUCAUAUCCAAAUCCAUUGCUUGAAAGAAGGGAGAUAGAUUGUCAAAAUUUUAGCAUGAGCAUUUCACCAAACACUUCCUGGGCAUGGUGAUCCCCACAGACGGCAUCGUACCUGCAUGGCGGGCAAACGAGAUAUGUGCAACUCCAGUGUAGGAAAAGUGGUGUGGCGAUCGGGUGGCGGCGGAUGUCACGGAAGUCCGGCAAGGGCUUGGCGGGCUCUCGAGGCGGUAAAACGACGACGUCGACCAGGGAGGAAGCUGAUGCGGAUAAAAGGGAAAGGGAUGGAUCCCCCGGUCCAGGUGUGGUUUUGGGUGGAUGCGGAUAAAAGGGAAAUGGAUGGAUCCCCUGAUUCGAGUGUGAUUUUGGGUGUUUUGGGUGAGCAGGGGUGUCGGAGUCCUACAUGACGAAGGUUCUGGACUCCUAUAGACUGUUCCACAGACUGCCUGAUGGUGUUGAAUGGAAGCUAUUUGAGGGGCCGCUUUGGAGAUGCCCUUGUACUGCAAUCUGAGCAGGGCAAAACAUUAGGGCGCCAAACUGGGAAGAUUUGAUAGUAUUACCUCUGCCUCCCUAAUGUAAAUGAGGGUCCCUUAUACUGCGUUUUAUUAUCUUAUUAUUAUAUUGCCUCUGCUCCCGGACGCCCCCACCCCCGGCAUCUCCAAAUCCCUGGACGCCCCCAACCCCGGCAUCUCCAAAGUCCAAAUCCCUAGCCUCCUUCCCCUCUCUCGCCGCCAGGAGCGCAGGAGGGAGUCGGUGAGCCGUGGCUGCACAUCGGCAAGCAGAGCAGGGGCCCGGGGAUGGGGAAGAAGAAGGGGAGGAGGCAGCACAGAGCAGCUUCAAAGAAACCAGACCGCGAUGGGGAUGAGUACUCGCAGGCCAGGCGGAGGGCUGAGGUCAAGGCGGCAGCCAAAGCCCAAGCAGUGCGACCUCAGAAGUUCUCUGAUAUCCCCAGGUACGAAAUCAAGACAGAUCUGACCAUACAAAAGCUACAGGCAUUCUUCACCAGAAGAAGGGGCCAUUUUAAUGAUGUUCGGUCGACUGCCCGUGGGACUGUUCCCGUCACCCCACCUCACCCAAAGAAGGUUGAUUCCUCAGAUGAUGAUGACAGUGAUGACGGUGAUGAGGAUGGAGUUGAGAACAUCAUUACUUAUCAUAUCGUGGUCUUCAUAAGUGUGAAUGGUACACUUGAGUCUUUGGUAACAGAUUAUGAUGGCUAUGUGGUCGCGUUUAGGCCACAACCAGAGGAGGAAGAUGACAAUAGUGGUUGGUUCUAUUUUGAGGUCGUCGAGUUGCCUGCCCAUCUUUUCGGUCAAGAUAACAUGAAGCUGACUUAUGGCUCAGGCUAUACAAGCCAGGAAGCCGUGGAGGUUGGUGAUGGUUUUUUGGACAGAAUGGUCGAGGUCUUGUUGGGAUUCAAUCAACAGAACUUUGAGGAGCAGAGCAAUGAGAGGCUAAGGAUGAUUGAGACGUUGAUGGUGUUUCUGGGGGAGGCCCAACGGCUCCCGAUCAUUCUGAGAUUUGUAAUCAUAAAUUUCAAGGCUCAACCCUGGGUGGCUCUGGGAUCAAUUCUUGCAAUGUGGACCAAUAACUGGUCGAAAGGCGGUAAUGCAACUCUGCAUGUGAUGCUUGCUUUGCUCGCGAAGGAGCUGCUGAAGGAUCUCGAAAGCAAAAAGGUCUCUGAGAGCAAGAAAGAUGCUUUAAAAAGAGAGACUGGCCUUAGAUUUGUAAAGGCCAAGAAUUUCCUGUCAAAGUUUGGUGCAGAAAAGGUCCCACUUACACAAGAAGAGCUUUUGAGAAGCAUACCUGAGAGGUUUUUGGACUUGAUGCCGGCAUGCUUCUUGGGUGGGAUGUGGAGGAUGCCCGAAGGGCUUGUAGAUGGUAAAAUACCCGAAGAACCUGUGUUUGGUGCUAAUGAACCAAAGAACACAUAUUCUCUUCCACUCUUGAUUAGCUAUUUCCAAUUGAUGAAGUAUGAGGUGAAUCUGGUGCCUCAGCUCAUUAUGCGUCAGGAUGGCUACAAGGAGGCACAUGAAGUGCUGAAGUAGUUCCUGGACAUUUCAUGGUCCGUUGGUUCCUUGGUGGAGGGAGGUGUGAUGAAGAAAAGGAGAGUUGAAACUUUCUUCAGACUUCAGUUGGUGAUCUGAACCAGCGGAAUUGCGGCGUAAUCUGGAGGCGUUUCUCUCCAAGUUUUUAUGCCUGGCUAAACCCAUUUUUCCAUGACAAAUUGACAAUGCUGGAGCUGAACUUGACUUGAAAGCUUGUGAAGUUCACCUACCUACUGCUCUCAUUUCUUAGUUUCUAGACUUGUGGAAACAAAGUCAAACCAUCAUAUUAUCAUUAGAUCUUGUGGCGGCCACUUUUCUUAACAUCAACUGUUGGCUUACAAACGGAGUACUGACACUUUUUUGGAUGUUACAAAUUUUUUGGUAGAAGCAAACGAGGGUCAGAAUAACUCUUGCUUCCCUUCAUGGCUUGGUCAUUUAUUUAAACAGCUCCUAGUUAUUGAUUUUAAUUUAGUAUUAUUCAUGGUUUGGCAUUGUA